CAAGGAGUACUUCCCAGAACUUCUGCUGCCAGUGUCCUUGUCCCCCGGUGAGCCACAGCCACCCCCGCCUCUGCAGGAGACCCUCCAACACUAGCAGGUGUCUUUUGAAACAUUUCAUAGAUGUUGAAGGCCCAUUAUGAAGGCUAUCUUGAUAUCUUCCCUCCAAAAUGCUAAGGAAUAAUUUAGGCAACAGUUCAGACUCUAAAAAUGAAGACGGCUCGGCCUUUUCACAGACUGAACACAAUAUUGUUGCAGCUUACUUGAUUACGGCAGGUAUGAUAAGUGUUCUCGGCAACAUAAUAGUUCUGGGCAUCUUCAUUAAGUACAAGGAGCUUCGGACACCCACAAAUGCAAUUAUCAUUAACUUGGCUGUUACUGAUAUAGGGGUCAGUAGCAUUGGCUACCCCAUGUCUGCUGCUUCAGAUCUGCAUGGAAGUUGGAAGUUUGGAUAUGCAGGAUGUCAGAUUUAUGCUGGAUUGAAUAUCUUUUUUGGAAUGGCAAGUAUUGGAUUGCUCACAGUUGUGGCUGUGGAUCGAUACCUGACCAUCUGCUGUCCUGAUGCAGGAAGAAGAAUGACCACCAACACUUACAUCAGCAUGAUUCUGGGGGCCUGGAUCAAUGGCCUCUUUUGGGCUUUGAUGCCUAUUGUUGGGUGGGCUAGUUAUGCCCCAGAUCCUACUGGGGCCACCUGUACCAUAAACUGGCGGAAAAACGAUGUAUCUUUUGUUUCUUACACCAUGAUGGUUGUUGCGAUAAAUUUUAUUGUGCCCUUGAUAAUGAUGUUUUACUGCUAUUACCAUGUCACUCGAUCCAUUAAACAUCAUGCUACUAGUAACUGCACUGAGUAUCUCAACAGAGAUUGGUCAGAUCAGGUAGAUGUAACAAAGAUGUCUGUGAUAAUGAUACUCAUGUUCCUGGUGGCGUGGUCCCCUUAUUCCAUCGUGUGCUUAUGGGCUUCUUUUGGUGACCCAAAGAAGAUUCCUCCCUCAAUGGCCAUUCUAGCUCCACUGUUUGCAAAAUCUUCUACAUUCUACAAUCCCUGUAUUUAUGUGAUUGCUAAUAAAAAGUUCCGGAGGGCGAUGCUUGCCGUGUUCAAAUGUCAGACUCACCAAGCAAUGCCCGUGGCGAGUAUCUUACCAAUGGAUGUACCCCAAAACCCACUGACUUCUGGAAAAGUCUGA